GUCAUACGAGCAGACAAAGUUCUCUACAUAUAUCAUUAAUAUAUACACGGGAUUUAAAAGUGAAUAUUGGGUGUAUCGAUACGUUCGUUAUCUAGAAAAAACAUCAAAUCUAGUAAGAAUGUGUACAAGUGCGAAUUGAAUGUUUAACGUAAUUACAAGAAUUUCGAACAGUUUAGUUAUUUCGAACGUUUAUUACGGUACUUCAAACGGGAUUCUCUAGUUGUUUUCUACCGCUCCAUAAUAAUCGUCUUCUUCCCUUAACAGCUGUUUAGUCUUAAGCAUUAUGUAUUGAGUUGAGUAGACUAGUGGUGAAUGCGUCGCUACAGCAACAAGAUGUGGAUCUAAAAAACGAAAUUACAAAUCGAUUUCUCUAACGACGGAUGAGUAUAAAGUUUGCUGGAAGCGAAUCGUGAAGGAAAUCUUCCAAAGAUAUGAUUAUACUUUUGCGAUAGGUUCAUGCUUGAUAUCAUAGAUAUGUGGCCUAAAUUUUAAAGCUACUCUUGGUAUACACUUCUUCCAACACCCUCUUUCGCAAAAUCACCGUAAGAUUAUUACACACAGUUACCUCCUUAAGGUGUGAUCUUUAUGUAUGCCCUUCGACGAUUUCGUUUACUUCUCUGCUCUAUCGCCGGAGUGAUUUUGUCGCAACAUAACUCAUGGUCGUCUAAUCAAAGGGAUUACUAAUCACGCUACCAAGUGUCUCUAGUGAAACGCCUCUGGUGUCGGCCAUACGCUGGCCAUCUUUUAGAUGAAUACAAUAUUCUUUACAUUUUUCUUGUUGAGCUCCUAUGUCCGAAUCAAUCUAGAAACUUCAGGCGAUAGGUUUGCUUGGUCUAUCGAUGAUUUACAUCCACGGAUAAUCGCUCGAUUCGCAUGGCGUUAUUUAGGAGUUCGAUGCCAACGUACGCUUGCCGAGACGAACGAAAGUACUGUCAUCCUUAACGGCACUUACGACAUGACCGGUUGCCUGAACUCAACCAAGUAUGCAUCUCACCUCUGAAUUGUCGAAAGUCUCAUAUCUAAAAUAGCGCACUGAGGCGAAAUGUGUGCGCGUGUUUUAGUACGGUAUUGAAUAACGACGAAACAACUUUAAGUCCACGAAUAUUAUGUAGAAUUUUUCAAAUGCCUCAAAUAUUUGCCUUAUUCGUAAAAUAAGUUAAAAAGAAUAACAACAACAAAAAUAAGUGCUUUAAAAAUAAAGAAAAAAUUUUUUAAAAAAUCAAUCUACCAACGUAACGAAGGCCUUUAACUGUGAUUUUAAGUGUUAAGUGUUAUAGCUUUACUAUUGAAAACAAAAAAUAAAAAAUAAUUAAAUAAAUAAGCAAAGAAAAGAAGCAAACAAAAAACAAAAGCAAAAACAAAAAUUGAGAGAACAUCUUAGGUGUUAGUUUACCAUAUUAUUUAAAAAAAUAAAAAAAUGUUUAAUUUAAAUAUACCUCCUUCAUCGUUAUUGGGCGUGGAAGGGUCUGGGGGUCUAUGCUCCAAGCCCAACACUCCCGAGAUACUCAAUUCUCUAAUUGCCAUGACAAAUCCUUUGGAUAAUUAUAAUUUCAACACGAACAACUCAUCAAUGGAUUCAAGUUCCGUACGUGCUUUCAACAACAACUGCAACACACAGAGUAUGUCUCAUGAUAGUAGCAGCAGUUCUGGUUCUCCUUUAGAUUCACCUGCUACUGUCAAUAGAACCCCCAGUGUACAGCAGACUUGUUCGCAACUAAUUAAAGCUGGCCUAAAAUUGACUAUACAAAGUAAACGAAAGCUAUCUACCUGUGACUCUAGUUCUGGUUCUGAGCAGCCUAAUGCAAAAUGUUCGCGACCCAAUGAAGAGUGUGAAGAAACGACCGAUGAAGAUAGUGAACACAAAUCGACAGCACCUAGUAAGGGCUUAACACCGGAGGAUGAAGAUCGUCGGCGUAGACGCCGGGAACGUAAUAAGAUCGCUGCAACUAAAUGUCGCAUGAAGAAACGCGAACGCACACAGAAUUUAAUUAAGGAAUCGGAGCAGUUGGAUACACAAAAUAUUGAUUUAAAAAACCAAGUGCGUGCUUUGGAGACCGAACGUCGUAAGUUAUUAGAAAUGCUACAAGUGCACGAGCCAGCCUGUGUGCAUGCAGGUGGAUUAAACUUACCAUCAAAGUUACUGCAGUCGCCAGCUUUUAAGUAUUUGCUCGACCUCAAUUUAGAUGACAACAUUUCAGCCAAUGGUCUUGGCGUUUCGCAAACGCUACCAAAUGGCUGUGGUAAUGGUAGUUCGGUUAAUCAACAGCGCACUGUAAUCCCACCGAUGUCUACCAUAAAAUUUUCACGUAGUAAUGGAUUUAAGGCGGCUGCUGCCCUUAAUAAUCCGGUAGCCGGUAUGCUACCACAAAUGACGACAGCAUUAUCACAAACAUCACCUCUACAGCAACAGCAACAACAGCAACAACAACAACAGCCACAUCCAACAAGUCAGCUCCCCAAUGGCUAUUGCAAACCAUCACCUACGCCUCAAGAACUUGGCUAUUUAAACUCACCUUCUCAAGACAGCAGCAAUUUGUGCAUAACAGCGGCUCUGCAAAAUCAAUCACACUUAUCAGCCGCCAAUAAUUCUGCCAAUUUGCAUCAGGCGGCCCUCGGUAAUGCCGCGGCGGCAGCUACAGCCUUAGUUAGCCAUUCUAUAGCUGACUACAUUCCAAACUGUGACUCCUCAUCGUUAAGUGCUCUAACUACCCUAACGCAUACACCUACUGCCUGCAGUACGCCUAGCAGUAUUAUGGGCAAUAGCUGUGGUGGCGAUAACAGUGCCCUGCUAGCCAGCGUAGUCAGUCCCAUGGCCGUCGUUACUACUCCUACUACAGCCACCGAAUUUGUCAAAAAUGAAUUAGUCGAUUCACAGAGCCCCUACACCACCGCCCAGUCAGCCGAACGUUUUCUCUUCGAAAGCAAUUGUGAUAGUUUUGUAGAUAUCAAGCAUGCUGUUAAUGUCCAUCACCCGUUAAAUCAAAAUCAUGGCGGUCCUACACUCUUGCAAACCAGUAACGGAGGUGGUAACCUCUUGGAUUUUACAUCAGCCCUUAUGGGCAGCAAUGCGACAGGCGUAGUCUCAUUUCAUGACCAGAUUUCAAUUAAAAAUGACUACCUACAAGAAGCCGAUUUAUUGGCUCAAUUAACAGGAGAGGCAGCUGAGUUUGUGGAUUUGGACAGUGGUGUCGCAGCAGCUUUUAUGACCAACGGGGGUUGUCUAGCAUAAGUUACUAGAAAGUAGAAGUAAAAAAACUAAGUAUUCGAAGAGUGAGGUUUAAUUGAAGGUAUGCAUGGCGAAGAGAGGUAUAAGAUGGAUGGAUGUAAUAACGAAAGGAAUUCUAAAAAGCCUACAUUUCGAGAGGUAAACAACCAUUGAAUGAAUUCAAACAAAAAAAAAAAAAAAAAAAAAAGAGGAAAGA